ACUCUUCUCGCUGGAUCAGAGGCUUUAAAAUCUUUUUUCAUCUUGGAGCUGUAGCUCGGGCUGCUCGUCCGCUCGGCCUCUCCCCCCACCCUUUUGCUCUCGGCCUUGCCUCGGCCCGGGACUUUGCAAUUUUGCUUUAAAAACGAAAAAAGAAAAAAAGAAAAGAAAAACCAAAACCAAAAGAAAAAAGGCAAGAAAGAACUAAACUCCCCCCUCCCUUGCCUCCAGCCGGCCUGCACCUCGGUCUUGCACUUUGCACGGAGGGAGAGGGUGAGAGAGAGAGCGCGCGCGCGCGCACGCGAGGGAUCCGGAGAGAGAAAAGAAAAUAAUAAUAGUAACCAUAAGAACCAGGCAGAAGAGGCGAGAAGCGUGAAGUGUUAACCACCCCGUUGUGGAGGCCCGCGCCUCCGGGACAGCCACCCGCCGCGCCACCCAGCCCCGGAGCAGCAGCCGCGCGCGCCCUGCCUGCAGCCCGGCCGGCUUAGGCGAGCCCUCCUUAUGCAAAGCGCGCAGCGGAGCGGCGAGCUGGGGACGCCGCGCACCGGGCCGUGCUUCUCCGGCAUCCUCUCUGCCGCUGUCAUCGCCACCGCCACCGCCAGCCGCGGAGGACCUUCCCGAGUCUGAAGCGCCCGGGAUCGGAGCUCAGGGAGGCGAGCAGGCGAGGAGGGGGCCCGGGGCUAGCGGGAGAGAGAGAGAGCAAAAGAGAGAAAGAGAGAGAGCACAUUGGCGUGAGCAGGGGGAGGGAGGGCGGGCGCGGGGGGCUGCGGGCAGGGCGGGGGGUGUGUGCACGCUCGAGCUUUCGGGCCACAGCACCGCCGCGCGAGCUAGAAGCGCCCUAGCCCGGCAAGCUGGCUCACCCGCUGGCCACCCAGCACAGCCCGCUGGCCCCUCUCCUGCAGCCCAUCUGGCGGAGCGGCGGCGGCGGUGGCGGAGGCAGGAGGAUGGCUUCAGAACUGGCAAUGAACAAUUCCGACCUGCCCACCAGUCCCCUGGCCAUGGAAUAUGUUAAUGACUUCGAUCUGAUGAAGUUUGAAGUGAAAAAGGAACCGGUGGAGACCGACCGCAUCAUCAGCCAGUGCGGCCGUCUCAUCGCCGGGGGCUCGCUGUCCUCCACCCCCAUGAGCACGCCCUGCAGCUCGGUGCCCCCGUCCCCCAGCUUCUCGGCGCCCAGCCCGGGCUCGGGCAGCGAACAGAAGGCGCACCUGGAAGACUACUACUGGAUGACCGGCUACCCGCAGCAGCUCAACCCGGAGGCGCUGGGCUUCAGCCCGGAGGACGCGGUCGAGGCGCUCAUCAGCAACAGCCACCAGCUCCAGGGUGGCUUCGAUGGCUAUGCACGGGGAGCGCAGCAGCUGGCCGCGGCAGCGGGGGCCGGCGCCGGCGCCUCCCUGGGCAGCAGCGGCGAGGAGAUGGGCCCCGCCGCCGCCGUGGUGUCCGCCGUGAUCGCCGCGGCCGCGGCGCAGAGCGGCGCAGCACCACACUACCAUCACCACCACCACCACGCCGCGGGGCACCACCACCAUCCGACGGCCGGCGCCCCGGGAGCCGCGGGCGGCGCGUCCGCCUCUGCGAGCGGCGCGGGUGGCGCGGGCGGCGGUGGCCCGGCCAGCGCCGGGGGCGGCGGCGGCGGAGGCGGCGGCGGGGGCACGGCGGGGGCGGGGGGCGCCCUGCACCCGCACCAUGCCGCGGGCGGCCUGCACUUCGACGACCGCUUCUCGGACGAGCAGUUGGUGACCAUGUCGGUGCGCGAGCUGAACCGGCAGCUGCGCGGGGUCAGCAAGGAGGAGGUGAUCCGACUGAAGCAGAAGAGGCGGACCCUGAAAAACCGCGGCUAUGCCCAGUCCUGCCGCUUCAAGAGGGUGCAGCAGAGACACGUCCUGGAGUCGGAGAAGAACCAGCUGCUGCAGCAGGUCGACCACCUCAAGCAGGAGAUCUCCAGGCUGGUGCGCGAAAGGGACGCCUACAAGGAGAAAUACGAGAAGUUGGUGAGCAGCGGCUUCCGAGAAAACGGCUCGAGCAGCGACAACCCUUCCUCUCCCGAAUUUUUCAUGUACCCAAGGGACUCCUCUACAUCUGUGAUGUGAGAAGAACAGUUGCCCGAAGCUGAACAGAGAAGACACUCUGCUUAUUCGCUCCUUGUUUCGUGCACCCAAGCAAGGUUUUAUUUUCUGAAAUUGGAAACUAUUUUUUACAAAAGUACCUUGGACAAAACUUGCACCCAGGAUGUCAGUGCAUGUGACCAGCAUCUUGGAUACUGGAGCACCUGAGUAGGGGCUUGUCUGAAGCACGCCCUUCUCAAAGAAGAAGAAAAUGUACAGAAGGGGCCCUCAAUGAGUACCCUGGCAUGCGUGGAGACGGACUGUCGUGCAUUAGGACUCACGCUCUCGAGCAGACACUGUUAUGAUAUCACUUAAGACAUUUCACUUCGAACUGCUUUAGCUACAGAGAUUGCGAGAGACUUUUUAAAACUGCAUACUUCAAGGACGAUUGACAUUUAACAUUUGUGAUAGCCACGCGGAGGCCAUACCUGUUUGUCGGAGUUAGAAUUAAGCAUCCAACCACUCAAACAUCCCACUCAGCUGUUUACAGAGUCAAUGGGUGUGAUGAGAAGCUACUGAGGAGCAGGAGCCUCCCAGGAGCCAGAACCUAUGUCAUCUUCAGUCCUUGAAACAAGUAUAGAGGUGGACCCUUUAAUCCACUAUAAAGAUGUGAAGGGUACUAGGCACAAAGGAACUUAGAUGCCAUGUUACCGUUCACUACAAUCUUGCUUAGCUACCUACCAAGCCACUUCCUCCCCGUCAAUCAGUCUGUCCAUAGCCCUUCCUGGGCCACACACUCUAGCUUUUAGCCUUCAUUUGUACUGUAAGUGCCCAGGUGCCCUCCCCUUGGCCUCUUUUUUCUGAGCAGGGGUGAGUGUGGCUCAGAAGGAAAGACGCAUAAAGUGAUCAGUAUCUGGAGGUCUAGAGCCAUGGCUCCUCGUGGACUUGACCCCCAAGGACCCUUGUAAGUUUCCAGACUUAGAACGACGAUUCUGUAAUUUUGAUUUUGGUAGGCAAUGGGAAAGGCUUUCCACUCAAAAGAUAAUGACUGUCAUUCUGGCCGCAGUUUAAAAAGUAAUUGAUGACACAUCUCCUUAAAACUCCAUAAUGUGUAAAGAGUCACUCAGCAAGUUGCUGGGCAGUGAAGAUAAAUCGCUGUUGGUAAAUCUCUCCAAAGAAAGCCCUGUUGAAUAAAAGUUGUGAGUGGAAAUCAGCACUGGUACUACAAAGAAUAACAAUUUCCACAUCUUGAGCAUGGGGAUUGUCCCUCAAAGGGGAGAAUAAAGGAUUAAAUAUGGUAAUAUAUGUAAAGCGCUUGGAUUAAAUAUGUUAAUAUAUGUAAAACACCUGCACUGGGUAAACACCCACACCAUGUUCUGCCAGGACAGUGUUACAUGGGAUGAAAUUCUGACCUUAACAUUUAACAAGCCUUGGUUUACAUUAGAAUAACCUUGUGAUUACAGUACUGAGCUUCCCCCACUCCUAGCCCCUUCGUUUUAAAAUAAAUGUUUUCAAAAAAAAAAAA